AUGGAGAAGAGUAGCUCGACAUAUACCAGCCUACCCAAGUAUGAUUUGAGGGCACAUGCUCUCGGCGAGGAGUUGUGCCUGCAUGCUGAUAUCGCCUCGCCAGAGUUGCGCCUAGAAAGUAGCUCCGAUCUGAAGAAAGCGUCGUUCUUGGAUCGCCAUUAUGAUUGGCUCCGGACAUGCCAUGGCGAAGGAGCGUGA